AGAAGUGGGGGUGUUUACAUUCCCCCAUUUAAGCUAGCUCAAAUGAUGAAAGAUGUGGAAGAAAAGAGCAGUGUGGAAUACCAGCACAUGACAUGGGAUGCCCUUCAGAAGAGUAUCAAUGGGUUAGUAAACAAGGUAAAUGCAUCUAACAUCAAGAAUAUCAUUCCAGAGUUGUUUGCAGAGAAUCUCAUUCGUGGGAGGGGUCUAUUUUGUAGGUCUUGUAUGAAAUCCCAAAUGGCAUCCCCUGGAUUUACAGAUGUUUUUGCUGUGUUGGUUGCUGUGGUAAAUACAAAAUUUCCUAAAGUUGGCAAUCUACUUUUGCGAAGAAUUAUUUUGCAGCUUAAGAGGGCAUACAAAUGCAAUGACAAGCACAUGUUGAUAGCAGCAGCCAAAUUCAUAGCUCAUUUAGUGAAUCAACAAGUUGCACAUGAGAUCAUUGCCUUGGAACUUCUCACCCUUUUACUAGAGAACCCCACAGAUGACAGUGUAGAAGUUGUUGUUGGGUUCAUGAAAGAAUGUGGUUCUUUGUUGCAAGACCUUUCACCCAAAGGUCUCUAUGGGAUUUUUGAAAGAUUUAAAGGUGUUCUCCAUGAGGGGGAAAUUGACAAACGAGUACAAUUUUUAAUUGAAGGCCUUUUUGCAAUUCACAAAGCUAAGUUCGAGGAUCAUCCAGUUGUGCAUCCAAAAUUGGACCUUGUAGAGCAAGAAGAUCAGUUAACACAUGAAGUUUUCCUAGAAGAUGAACUUGAUCAAGAAGCUGGUUUGGAUGUUUUCAAGCCAGAUCAUGAUUUCUUAGAGAAUGAGGCAACCUAUGAAAAACUGAAGAAAGAUAUCCUUGGAGAUGCUUCUUCAGAUGAAGCAGAAGGGGAGAAUGAUUCAGGUGAUGAUUCAGAUGAUGAUGAUGAUGAUGAAGAGGAAGGUGAGGAAGCACUGAGAAUACAAGAUGAGACAGAGACAAACUUGGUGAAUUUAAGAGGUACAAUUUAUUUGACAAUCAUGUCAAGUGUUGAUUUUGAGGAAGCUGGUCAUAAGCUACUAAAGAUCAAGCUUGAACCUGGUCAACAGAUGGAAUUAUGCAUCAUGUUGUUAGAAUGCUGUAGUGAAGAGAGAACAUACCUUCGUUAUUAUGGUCUUCUUGGGCAAAGAUUUUGUAUGAUCAAUAAAAUUUAUCAGGAAUUUUUUGAUAAGUGUUUUGUACAACAGUAUUCUAUGAUGCACAAACUGGAAACAAAUAAACUACGUAAUGUUGCAAAGUUUUUUGCGCACUUACUUGGCACAGAUGCUCUUCCAUGGCAUUGUCUUGCUUAUAUACGUUUGACAGAGGAUGAUACUACUUCCUCUUCCCGUAUUUUUAUAAAGAUUCUCUACCAGGAGCUGGCAAAGCAGCUUGGUAUAUUGUUGCUUAAUGAAAGGUUGAACGAUCCAACAAUGCAGGAGUCUUUUGAUUCAAUUUUUCCAAAGGACAAUCCCAAAAAUUCACAGUUUGCUAUCAAUUUAUUUACUUCUAUUGGUCUUGGUGGUAUCACUGAGAGUUUACGUGAGUAUUUGAAGAAUAUGCCAAGGCUUAUAAUGCAGCAGCAAAAGUCUAUUCCUGAGUCAGAUGAAUCUACCUCUAAUGACAAUUCUUCUAGUUCAUCUGGUUCGUCAAAUCCUGAUACAUCAUACUCAGAUUCUAAGAGUGAAACUGACAGUGAGAGUAGUAAGGAGACACCAAGAAAGAAAAAUAAUUCAAAGCAUGACAAUGAGUAUGAAAAAACAAGAAGAAAGAAAAGGGCGAGGGCAUCUGACUCA